AUGAAAUUCUCUGCUAUUGCCAUUGCUGCCAUUGCUGCUCUUGUUGAGGCUACCGUCCCUGUUGGCACCACAUUUGGUCUUAUUUCAAUCCACUCUGCUUCUCCCGUCCACUUGAUUUCUGCCUCCAUUAAUUCCAAAGACGAGAUUGUUCUUGCCUCUCUUUCCGAUCCCAACGGAUACCUAACUGCUGUCAAUGUUGGUGAUGGUUCAAUCGCUAUUGAAGGCACCAAACUCUACCUCGGUGUUAGUUCAGAUAAGACUCUUAUUGCUUCAACCACACCCAGCAAGAUUUUUUCCUUUGAUGGAGACAGAUUACUUGCUGUUGAUGGCAGCUCCUCUUUCACUGCUGUUUCUGAAGGCACUUACUAUUCCAUCUUUUCUGGCAGCGUUACAACUGACAAAACAAGUUACAGCAUUUCUCUUCUCAUUACAUCUGCUGUUACUGGUGCCAGCUCUUCUUCCUCUUCAGAAUCAUCUUCGGUUGUUGCCUCUGUCACUCAGAGUGCUCCCGCAGAGGUCUCUACUAUAGCUUCUAAUACCACUGUUGCCCAGGUCAAUGGUGCUGGUUCUGCUCAAGGCUCUGUUUUUGCUGCCGCUCUUGCUGCUGUUGGUGGUGCCCUCCUUCUUUAA